UCUUUUCUGGUUUUCCUUGAAGAAAAAAAGGGGAAAGACUCAGUUUUGGGGAGUUCCCAUAGUUCAAUUGGAAACCACAUUUGAUUUCAGCAAUUUAGCGUUGGCAACAGAUUCUCCUUCAGUUCCACUCCAACACAAUUGCAUGGCAAACAAGCACACCAUUGUUUUGAUGCAGACUUCACAGAACAGAUCAACGAGAACAUUUAUGGAUUAUGGCUCCAUAACUCAAGCUAUGGAUGGUAUAUGCGGACUAUAUGAAAGGAAACUUAAGGAGCUAAAUCCAGCAACACGAAAUAUCACAUAUGACAUUGCUGAUCUUUACAAUUUCAUCGAUGGCCUUACAGAUUUGAGUGCCCUUGUCUACGAUCACACGAUUCAAGCUUAUUUGCCUUAUGACCGGCAAUGGAUGAAACACAGAGUGUUUCAACGCCUUAAAAGGUUGGCAAACUAAACCACGUUUCGACGAAAGAGGAUAUGUAUAAAGGCAGAAGAU